CGGAUCUCCGCUGCUCAUAUACUUUAUCGUCAAGAACUAUAGCAUAGGUGCUAUAUCCACGCUGCCUCAGGUGAUUCUUCUCCCUCCCCGGGCCGAGACAUGCAAGAAAAGAAUGCAGACGCCGAGCCAUCGCAGCCUGAAUACAAUGCCCCGGGUCCUGACAGCGAUGCUGCCCCAGGUAGGCCGCAGGGAGACAACGCCAAUCCGACAGCAACUGAAGACAACCUACUUCUCUCGGCAGAAUCCGAGCCAAAGCCGACCCAGCCAGCACCAGGUACAAGCAUAAGAGUCAGUCAGCGACCGAUAGACGGCCCGUCGCCGAACGCGUCAGAGAAGGCUCAGAGCAGCGGGCAAAUUCGACACAUCAUCAAAGCAUGGAAAUUCGAGCUGCUCGCCUGUGUUUUGGCAGUGGGCAUGUUGUUCGCCAUUUCCAUGACGCUGUAUCCGUUCCAAGGACGACCACUGCCCAACUGGCCUUAUGACCUGUCAAUCAACGCUCUCGUCGCCAUCUUCACGACUCUCUUGAAAGUCGCCCUGGGCGUCAUCCUGAGCGGAGGGCUAGGUCAGCUCAAAUGGGACUGGUUGAAGAGAGGCGGCCAUCUCAGCCAUCUGAUCAAGUACGACGAGGCCAGCCGUGACCCGUUGGGAUGCCUCUUGUUCCUGUUUGCGUCCGGGGCGUCGGAGACGAUUGCCAUUGUCGGGGCGAUCUUGGUCGUCUUGACCUUGGUCAUCGACCCGUUCACCCAGCAGCUUGUCCGCUACUACGAUUGCAAGAUCCCGUCCAGGGAUCAACCAGCUUCGGUCGUUCGCACCAGCGGCUAUUUCGACUGGGGCGCCCAUUUUGCCGCCGGUCAAACUGAGAUCAACCCGCAGAUGCUGGCUGCCGUGCAAGCGGGAAUUUUCAACCCCAGCGCCAUCAGCGUGGACUUCAAUUGUCCAUCCGGCAACUGCACUUUCUCGGACCUCUAUUCAACGGUGGCCUAUUGUGCAAGCUGCACAGACACCACUGGUCAACUCAAUAUCUCCAACAACGGCGAAUUCCUGAUGAGUACGCUUCCAUCCGGUGCUUCUGCGUCCUUCCUGGUGAACGGAUCCGGUUUCGCCGACCAGCAUUGGUUCACCAUGGAGGUCGACGUUGAUACUUUUGAUUUCGUUUUCGCAGCCCUCCCGGAGGAUGCAGCAGGUUACUUUGCCCUGAUCACGGACAACCCGUGUCAAACACCCUACGAAACCAGCACCUGGGCCUGCUCUGGACCGGGAGCCGCCAGUUGUGCCAUAUAUCCCUGUGUCAAAACCUUCAAUGCGUCCAUCCAGGCCGGACAAUUGGCCGAGAAUCUGAUUUCUUCCGUCCCGUUCGGGAUCACCGAGGACCAAGUCGGACCCAUUAGUACCGGACAGAUCGAAUUGCUCAUCAACAUACCGUGUCUCGAACACGACCAGGUCGAAGCACUGACGGAGCUCGGCUUCAACACGACCGGAUCCCAGUGGAUAUCGAGCCUCCCGCCAAACGUGACGAUCGACAUCCUCAACGACUACAACCCGACGUACAACCCGUCCAACGCGACCUUUUCCGGCGCCAUCGUCAUGACGGGCGGACACCAGAACCUGACUCUACCACCCCAAUGCCUGUACGAGAUCGACGUGGACAACAUCGCCGGAGUGAGCCUGUACCUGCAGAGCAUCUUCAGCACGUCCAUCUCGCCAACAGCCAACGGGGACGCGUUCGAGGGCUCGUCCGAGGCCCUGGCCAUCUUCAACAACUCGUACGUCAACUUCGACAGUAUCGCCAACGCCGUCGACAACCUGGCCGACUCCAUGUCGUCGUACAUGCGCCGGUCCGGGUACACCAACUACAGCCAGCCCGCGACGGGCACGACCAUGGAGACCACGACGUGUGUGGACAUCCGGUGGGCGUGGCUGACGCUGCCCGCCGUGGUGACGGCGUGGGCGCUCGUGUUCUUCGCCGCCCUGCUCCUCAAGACGGAGUUGGGGACCAGAAACCUCACCCGCGGGUGGAAGUCCUCGCUCCUGCCGCUGGUCUUCCUGGAGCUGGACGGCGUCGGGCGCAGGGAACCAAAGACCGACGGCGAUGUCCCCGGGAUCGAGGAGAUGGAGAAGAAGGCAAAGGACGUCUACGUCCGGCUCUUUCCAGCUGGGCCCGCCUAACUGCGGCGGAGAUGCGGGCAUGAAUGACCGGCGACAGCACUAUCACGGUCCUGUUUCACGACUCAAUGAAGGUGUUCUAUACCCGAAAAGUGGAAUUUCUGGAUAGCUGCAAACUAAUUUAAUUGCUGAAGACUUUAUUGUUGUGGAUCGUCCUGGUCGAAGAGCCCUGUCAUGAGACGCCGCGAGACGGGGUUCCCUAUGAGGGGGGAACAACAGAGGUAUCAACACCCGAGAAUUCCUUCUAGUACAGGGCAGGUCAAUGUACCGGGGGCGAAGCUGACCGAUAGUGGGAAAUGAUCAAGAACCCAAGUUUGACUACACGCCUAUAAUACC